GUGAUCCCGAAAAGUCUCAGUAUACAAGCGUCUUUGUGUAUUGAAAAAAAAAUCAAAAGUUUUAAAACAAAUCAAACAGAAAUGCGCAAAUUAGAGGAAACCCCAGUGGAAUCGUCUCCCUCGCCCGACCACUGUGAACCCACUGGUUCACGAACAGCAUUGUGAACGGUAUCUUUGGUGCCAGGAACCAAGAGCCAGUUCUUGGAAUUGUCCCAGUCACUAGGAGUGCUGCGAGUCUCUGGGAAGGCCCGUGGGUGCGUCCAGGUGCCAGGCCAGGGGAGGCACACGUGGACGGCAUUUUCAAGAACUUUUGCCACAGGUGUAAAAGACUCCAGGCCUGCAAAGAUGCUGAAACAGAUACUAUCAGAGAUGUACAUAGAUCCCGAUCUGCUGGCAGAGCUCAGCGAAGAACAGAAACAGAUCCUGUUCUUCAAGAUGAGGGAGGAACAGAUCCGCCGAUGGAAAGAAAGAGAAGCAGCAAUGGAAAAAAAGGAGUCCUUGCCAGUGACAUCCAGGCCAAAGAAAGAGAACGGCAAAUCUGUUCACUGGAAACUGGGAGCCGAUAAGGAAGUCUGGGUCUGGGUGAUGGGCGAACACCAUCUUGAUAAACCCUACGAUGUGCUCUGUAAUGAGAUUAUUGCUGAGAGGGCCCAGCUGAAGGCCGAGCGGGAAGCGGAAGAUCUCAGAAAAACCCAGUCCAAAGAAUUCGCCAAUAACUUGAAAAUGAAAUCACAAUAUUAUGAUCUGCAAGCACCAGAUACCCAGGAGACUCAGAAUAUCUGCAAGAAAGCAGCAACAGAAGAGGAAAAACUGGGGAAGGGCUCUAGACCAGCACCACUCCUUGAAGAAGAGAAAAUUCCAUGUCAACAUAGUGGAAAAACUAUAAACUCUGGCACAAGUCAGCUGUGUGAUGCCAGCAAGAUACACAACUCCUCUGCGACUCAGUUUCUUCCUCUGAUAAUUGGGCAUUGUGUUGCCCAUUCAUUAGAGUCACUCUCCAGUUCCUCAAGAAAUAUUCAACAAAUGUUGGCAGAUUCUAUCAAUCGUAUGAAGGCAUAUGGAUUUCACCAGAAGAAAGAGCCUGAGAAGAAAACACAAGAUGAAGAACUAAAACAAAUAGAUGAGGAGAAAGCCAAGCAGAUUUAUAAAAGCUGGAAAGAAGAUUCAGAGUGGCAGGCAUCUCUGCGAAAAUCCAAAGCCGCUGAUGAGAAGAGACGCUCUUUGGCUAAACAAGCGCGGGAAGACUAUAAGAGGCUAUCACUUGCGGCUGAGAAAGGAAGCGGUGAGGGACCACAAAGCCCCCCAGGAGUUCUACAGAAACCAAAAAGACCCCCCCUCCCACCCAAGCCUCACUUCCUAAACCCGGCGGGAUACCCUCCAAAGCCUCUUAGAAACCAGGGAGUGACGAGGACAGCGUCCAACUCUGCCCAGGAGGACAUCAUUCGGUGGUUUAAAGAGGAGCAGCUACCACUGCGAGCAGGCUACCAGACAACCUCAGACACCAUAGCUCCCUGGUUCCACGGGAUCCUGACAUUAAAGAGAGCAAAUGAGCUUCUGAGCACUCGCGAGCCGGGCAGUUUUCUGGUCCGCGUCAGUGAAAGGAUCAAAGGCUACGCCCUGUCCUAUCUGUCCGAGGAUGGCUGUAAGCAUUUCCUCAUAGAUGCCUCCACGGACUCCUACAGCUUCCUGGGCGUGGACCGGCUGCAGCACGCCACCCUGGCCGCGCUGGUGGACUACCACAAGGUGGAGCCCAUAACCUCCCUGGGGAAGGAGCUCCUCCUCUACCCCUGUGGUCAGCAGGGCGAGCCGCCGGACUACCUGGAGCUCUUCGAGUGACAGCGGCCCCCGUGGUGUCCUGCGCCCUCCAGCUGGGCUUUCCUCUGGGUUAACACUGCUCAAACAGACCUGUGCGUGUGAGGCCAAAGUCAGCCUGCAGCAGAGCCAGCACUGACCAACGGGCAAGUGUCCUUGGAGCCCCGUGGAAAUCUCUCUUCUGUGCAGAUGCUGGAGUUUAACGUUAAGAGAAAAUCAACUCUGCACCAUAUUCACUCCAAAAGUAAAUGGAGACGAUCCCCAAUUUCAGCAACUACCUAACGUGAAGGAUACAACUUUAAUGAUGUAUAUAAAAUGAACAAAGGAGAAAUGGAAACCUUUUAGGAAUUAAGACAUACUUCAAAAACCAAUACCUCCCGUGAACUAUUUUAUGACCUCUACGUUCCCUCUUUGCAUCAUUUCGAAAUGUCUCAGGACUGUGUUUAUAUUAAGUUCAUGUUGGCUUUGGGGAGCUGGCAGAAGAGCCUUCACGGGUGGCCUGCAAACACACUUCAUUUAUCACGCAUGCUGGAGCCAGGAUGUAAGGAAGAGACAUCGAAAAACAAAAGUUGGGAAUGCAAAUUGAAUGAGGAGUUAAAACUGUAGGAGGAGAGGCUUCACGCGUCACGAAGUACUACGGACUCUAGGGGAGAGAGCAGGUUUUCGAGUCUCCUCGUUCUGGAGAGCAGGGACAGUGCUGGCCUUAUGUACUCUGGCUCCGUCGGGGAGCGCACCGCGAGGUGAAGCCGCGCACACCUGAGGUGCUGUCCAUCAGUGCUCACGCUCCAGCACAGGACACCUGUAAAGGGUCCUUCCGGACUCAGAAGCCACCUAACCCCCAUAGGUUCACACCUAUGCCCACCUUGUUCUGGGGUGGAUGGUGUCCCGGGGAAGACAGGCUGAAGUCCCCAACCCUGGCACCUGCGAAUGUGACCUUAGCUGGGAAUAGGGUCUUUGCCGAUGUGAUCAAGUGAGGAUGAGCUCCUGCUGGGUCAGGCGGACGCUCCUCCGGCAUCUGGUGUCCUUAACAAGGAGAGCGGGAUCGGGAGCCGGAGACCCACAGGGGCGAGGCGGCCGUGGGACCGCAGAGGCACAGACAGGUGAUGCGGCUUCGAGCCAGGGAAAGCCAAGGCGUGCUGGCCGCCCCCACAAGCCAGGAUCCUCCCUGGAGCCUUAGAGGGGGAUGUGGCCUUGCUGACACCUUGGUUUCAGACCUUGAGCCUCCAAAUCUAUAAGAGAAUAAAUGUCUGUUGUCUUAA